UGCAGAAGGUAUAGAAGCACUGCAGGGUCAACCAGGAGAUAAAGGCCCUGAUGGCUAUCCUGGCAGACAAGGUGAAACUGGUGACCAUGGUGCUGAUGGGGUUAAUGGCAUUCCAGGCUCAACAGGCCCAGCUGGUAAUCCUGAAAUGACUGCUGACGAAGCUUACAGGUCUUACUACCCCAACAGCUUCUCUGAAAAAGCUGGCCCAGUUUAUACACAGAACUUCCUUCAAGCUCAAGUUGGUCCAAUGGGACCACGCGGUCCAAGUGGUCCUCCCGGCGCUCCUGGACCUCAGGGUCAGAUGGGAGCAAGAGGAGAUUCUGGUGACCCCGGCCCACCUGGACCAAGUGGUACACCAGGUGCCCCAGGCCCACCCGGACCCUCUGGACCAGAGGGUGACACUGGAAGAAAUGGACAGCCAGGUGCUGCUGGAGCUCCAGGUCCCAGAGGACCUGCUGGUGCAGCAGGCAUGCCUGGUAUGCCAGGGGCCAAAGGUCACAGAGGUUUCAAUGGAUUCCCUGGCAAGAGAGGUUCAGAGGGACAAGCUGGUGAACCGGGAGAUGUUGGGCCACCAGGUCCAUCUGGACCAGUUGGACCACAAGGAGCACGAGGUGCCCCAGGAAACAGAGGUGAUGACGGAUCUGCAGGUCCUCAGGGUCUGCGUGGAGUAGAUGGUAUGCCUGGACCACCAGGCCCCCCAGGACCUGCUGGACCUAUUGGAUCUCCAGGUAUUCCAGGUCAACAAGGUCCCAAAGGUGAGGCUGGAGCUGCUGGUCCUAAAGGAUCCAUGGGACCACAGGGUGCUCGUGGUGAUAACGGAAUGCCAGGUACACCCGGAGAUGAAGGCUACACUGGAGCCCCUGGUAUGCCAGGAUCCCCUGGUAAUGAAGGAUCACUGGGUGACCCCGGCCCAGCUGGUCUGCCAGGAUUUCCUGGAUCUCGAGGUCCUCCUGGUCUUGCUGGAUCUCCAGGCGCACCUGGUUCUAAAGGUGCUUCUGGUGAUUCAGGUGACAAUGGCUUUAAAGGUACAGCAGGUGAGAAGGGAGCACCUGGACCAGGUGGAGAGGCCGGUCAGCCAGGACCCCCAGGGCCACCAGGAAACAGAGGAGAACGCGGAGCAGUUGGCCCUCAAGGUAGUGUUGGACCUCAAGGAGAGAGGGGAACCCCUGGAGCCAGAGGUUCACCUGGCCCACCAGGUACAGCUGGACCUAAAGGAACAGACGGCAUUGAUGGAGAUAGAGGUGCACGGGGAGAACCUGGUCCAAAUGGUGAAGUAGGCAGACCAGGACCCCCAGGUGCUAAUGGUGAACCCGGAGCCCCCGGCCCAUCUGGCCCUGAUGGCGCUACUGGACCCCCAGGUCCACAGGGACCUCAAGGAUCUGAAGGACCAAAGGGAAUUACAGGUCCUACUGGUCCUACAGGUAACCCAGGACAACAGGGUCUGCAAGGACAGCAAGGUGAACGUGGUGCCCCAGGUAAAGAUGGGGUACCAGGUACUCAAGGACAGAGAGGACCUCCAGGUGAUGCAGGUAACUCAGGUGACAGAGGACCUCCAGGACCACCAGGACCAGAAGGUGAACUUGGCCAGCCAGGUAAAGAUGGACCACCUGGUCCACCAGGAUUUCAAGGUGCGCCUGGACCACAAGGUCCUCCAGGUGACCCCGGGUCUGAUGGACCUGAGGGAGAGAUUGGUGCAGAAGGUCCAGAUGGAAAUCCAGGUCAUGCUGGUGAAAGAGGUUUCCCUGGACCACGUGGACCCCCUGGACCUGUGGGAGAGAAUGGUCUUGCAGGAGCUCAAGGUCCACCUGGACCCUCAGGACCCAGAGGUCCACCUGGACCAGCUGGAUCAGAAGGAGACCAGGGUUCCCAGGGUGCACUUGGACAACCUGGAGAACGUGGACCUGCUGGUGAACCUGGAGCUAAAGGAGACUCUGGAGAGCCUGGACCUCCAGGUCUGGAUGGUCAAGCUGGACGACCAGGUGAACCAGGUCCUAAAGGUGUGACAGGUGCUGCAGGAGUGGCCGGAGUCCCAGCUGAUAAAGGAGAUCGGGGAGAUGAUGGCCCUGGUGGUGCACCUGGACCACCUGGACGUCAAGGUAAACGUGGAGUACAAGGUGAUGCUGGAGAGGCUGGAUUUGCAGGCCCACCUGGUGAGCCAGGACCACAAGGCAGACGUGGACCUCCAGGACAGGCAGGUGAAAAGGGAUUGGCUGGUGAACCAGGAGACCCAGGAGAGCCAGGCAACAAAGGGAGACCAGGUGAUCCAGGUAUUCAGGGCCGACGUGGACAGUCAGGAGAUGCAGGUAUUCAAGGAGUCCCAGGAGAGCCAGGAACCCCAGGACAUCCUGGACCUCAAGGCUUGCCUGGCCCACAAGGUCCUAAUGGACCAACUGGACCUCAAGGAAGACCUGGAAUCAAGGGAACCUCUGGGGAGCUUGGUAGACCUGGCCGUCCAGGAAGUAACGGAGCACCUGGCCAGCCUGGGUACCCAGGUAUCAAGGGGGCCCAAGGAGAAGCUGGUAUUCCUGGAUCUGAAGGUCCAACUGGACCCCCAGGCCCUGCUGGUCAACGAGGAGAACAAGGUACACCUGGUGCAGCAGGAGAGACAGGACCUACUGGGGCACCUGGACCUAAAGGACCUAGAGGAGCGGCUGGUAGAAAUGGCAUUGAUGGCUAUCAAGGCAAACAAGGAGACAGUGGACCACCAGGCCAGUCCGGCCCAGUUGGAGAGCCAGGCGCUCCUGGAGCACCUGGUGCACCUGGUGCCCCAGGACUUCAAGGCCAAGCUGGAGACAAAGGACCAGACGGUGACGCUGGACUUCCAGGAAAUCCUGGCAACCCUGGCCUUCCUGGCCCCCCUGGACCAGCUGGAAAUGCUGGACCAUCAGGCACUAAAGGACCUAGGGGAGAAAAUGGACCAGAAGGACCACGUGGACCUGCCGGAGCUGCUGGAGCACCUGGAACUCAAGGCCCAGCUGGACCUGAUGGUGUAGAUGGUGAAGCUGGUGAAAAUGGUGACAAAGGUGACCCAGGAUACCCAGGUUUACCUGGAAUUCAAGGUGCAGAGGGACCUUCUGGAGAUCAAGGAGGUAGAGGCCCACCUGGACCACCAGGACCUAGGGGACCUGAUGGAUCUAGAGGUCUCAUUGGGGCAGAGGGUGAUGUUGGACAAGAGGGACCCCCAGGUCCAACUGGACCAAGAGGACCUGCCGGUGAAGACGGUAGACGUGGACCUCAAGGAGAACCUGGCAGACCAGGACCACCUGGACCACCAGGCCAGUCAGUCUAUGCCUCUGCAAUGCAAAGCUGGACUGGACAAAAAGCUGGAGAUCCAUACUUGGGUGAUGCACCUGAAGAAGCCCGCAAUACAAUAGAAGCCCUCAAGAAAGUUUCAGAUGAGAUUAAAAAGCUGAGAAAACCAACUGGGGAGAAAACUUCACCUGCAAGAACUUGCAGAGAAUUAGCUGCCUCUUCAGAAGAGAAGCUCAAAAAUGGCCUUUACUGGGUGGAUCCCAAUGGUGGUGGUAUUGCUGAUGCCAUUCAGGUCUUCUGUCGCUUCAACAAUGAAAACUUGGAUGAUACACAGACUUGCUUGGUACCUGCAACUUCAGUGUUUGAGAAAAAGCAAUGGUUUACCAGAAGACCAUCUGGUGCUGAAGAAUUUGCACUGUUUGCUGAAAAUUUUGCAGAAUCUGAGUUCUCCUAUCAGACCCACAAAUCUCAGGUUAAAUUCUUGCAAUACCUCAACAAGAAAGCCAAACAAAGAAUCACCAUCCACUGCAAGAAUGUUGUGGCUGUAUUUGACCAGGCCAAUAACACUUGGGACAAUGCCAUGAAGCUCAUUAGCUUUGACGAGGAGGAUGUCACUGCUCAGGGCAAGAAAACAUUCAGAUACAAAGUAAUUGAGGAUAACUGCAAGGAGAAGAAUGGUCAGUGGGGUACUACUGUCAUUGAGGUACGAGGCAAGGAUCAACAGCUCAAGAGACUACCAAUCCUCGAUGUAGGCUUGAAAGAUGUAGCUGGAAGCGAACAAGAAUUUGGCAUUGAAAUAGGAAAUGCCUGCUUCGGCAGCUGAGAUGUUAAAAAAACUUUAUUAGCUUGGCAGUGAUAGUAUCUCAUAAUUCAUUUUAUAUCAACAUGUCUGAUUUCACAUUUUAUUAAAAAUGCCCAGGCUAAUUUUUUAAUGUUAAAAUAAAUAUUUUUGUUUGUUUUGGGUUUGCAUGAUAUUGUCUAUCACUUUGGGAAAAUUGUUUACAUUUGUUUUAGUUAUGUUUAUUUCUCAUAUGCCUAGGACCUUUAAACAUUCGUUUAGCCUAGGAUAUGUAAGUUUGAAUAAACUUUCAUAACAAAAACUCAUUUUUUUCCUAAAUACAUAGACAAUGCCCUGAAUUCCCUAAAAUUCAUUUGUGGUAAUUCGCUCCACUUGUCCUUUUCAGUCACUUUAAACAUAUGUGUUCAUUAGAACAUUUUAAUGACAACUAUUGUGACACUAAUGUUUUUGUUUGUGUUGAAUAAUAUGAAUUUAAAUUUACAAAAUGGUCUCAGAAUUUUUUUCAGUGCCAAAUUACGAGUGAUUUGAAACACAAAAGUGCCUUUAAAUGUCAAAGUAAUGGAUUAAUAUUCACUCAAACUUCUUUAACAAAUAUUUUUUAGUAAUAUCACAAUGGUGACUAAAUGCAUAGUGCAACAUAAAAAAAGAAACACCAUUUUAAAAAGUUACAAGAAAUUUAAACCAAAAACCUGGGUCAAAAUAUUUAAGCUAAUAAACAACAAUAAAUGGCAGCAAACCAGUAUUUAAAAAAUUUAUUUCAACAUCAACAAAUUGUGUGGGUUUGGCCUAAUGAUUUAUGGUGAACUUUUCUUGUAAUUUUUAUUUUUUUAUUUUAGAAAACUUGUGAUAAAACUUUGCAAUGACCAUUCAAUUGAUUUCAUGAAUAUUUAAUUAUGAAGAAGUCUAAUAAUUUUUUAAAAUGAUACGGCUUACUGUGAUUUAGACAUUUUAUUAAAGAUCUUUUCUCUGAUGGC